CCAUUUAUAUCAUUCUUUUGCGGGCGAAGUGGUUUGGAGCUAAGUUUGUAGAGAAUCGAAUACAAUGUCGUCGUCUAAGAAGAUCACCUUGAAGAGCUCCGAUGGCGAGUCCUUCGAAGUGGAUGAGGCCGUCGCACUUGAAUCACAGACGAUCAAGAACAUGAUCGAAGACGCUUCCGACGAUUGCGUCUUCCCUCUGCCGAACGUCACCAGCAAGAUCUUGGCCAAAGUGAUUGAGUACUCUAAGAAGCACGUCGAGUCCCCCAAGACCGACGAACGUACGGUCGAUGAGGAGCUCAAGACCUGGGACGCCGAGUUCGUGAAUGUCGAUCAGCCUACUCUCUUCGAUCUUAUUCUGGCUGCAAACUAUCUGAACAUAAAGAGUUUGCUGGACCUGACAUGCGAAACAGUUGCUGACAUGAUAAAAGGAAAGACCCCUGACGAGAUCCGCAGAACAUUUAACAUUCAGAACGACUUCACCUCUGAGGAAGAGGAAGAGAUUCGGAGGGAGAACCAGUGGGCAUUUGAAUGAGAAAUCCACAAGUGGGUAUGGUAUGUUAUGGUAUGGUAUGGUGGAAGCAAACUUUAUGAAGGAAACAGUUACCUAUGCAAUCCAAACUUGAAGGAAUUUAUUGUGGUUCAUCUUUCUCAAUUUAAUCUUAAUUUCAUAAUUUGUGAACCACCGGACCUCUUUCAAACGUAAAUAACAGCAGGAUGUUCAUCCCUGGUUUUGUUAUCUGCAGCUUUAUACAUCUAUGGGUGCCCUUGUAUUUGUCCUUAAUAUGUUCUAUAAAUCUAGAAAGAAUAUGUUUUUUCUUA